AUGUCGUUUCAUGCACGCUGUGGCCAUACUGUGCUGAUAAUGUUUGUGUUUGUACACACAGGUGAGAGUGAGAACCGGCUUAUCAAUGACCUGUUUGAUAAGAACUUCUACAACCCGCUGAUCAGACCAGUGGUCAACGCCAGCGACUCUCUCAACAUCAGCUUUAACCUGGCGCUUAGCCAGAUCAUUAAUGUGGACGAGGUGAACCAAGUGAUGAAAACCAACGUGUGGCUGCAAGUGUACUGGCACGACUACCAGCUGCGAUGGGACCCCAUCCUCUACAGUAACAUCGGGUCCAUUAGGAUCAAGCCGGACAAGGUGUGGGUUCCUGACUUUGUUCUCUUCAACAAUGCAGACGGAAACUUUGAAGUGACCUACAAGUCCAACUGCGUCCUCUAUGCAAACUCUGAAGUCCACUGGAUACCACCAGCCAUCUACCAUAGCUCUUGCUCUAUCGAUAUGAAGUUCGGCUCGUGGACACAUAAAGGCAAGGCUCUCAAAUACAGUUUCUACAAGAACCGGGACAAACUGGACCUGGUGGAUUACCUCAAGAGCGGCAGCUGGGACAUCAUCGACUGUCCUGGAAAGAUCGUAACUUACCGGGAUGACGUCAACGGCGAUGACAAAGAGCAGAUAAUCUUCCAGUUUGUGAUCAGAAGGAAGUCGUUGUUCUAUACGGUCAACCUAAUCAUCCCAUGUGUACUCAUCUCUUUCGUCACGGUCUGCGUUUUUGCUCUGCCCGCGGACGCCGGGGAAAAGAUAGCAUUGUGUAUCUCUCUUCUCCUGGCUCUGGUCGUCUUCCUUUUGUUGGUGUCAAAGAUUUUGCCGCCCUCCCUCAACAUCCCUCUGAUCGCCAAGUAUUUGUUGUUCACCUUCGUCAUGAAUCUCGUGGCUAUCCUCUCUACCGUCAUCAUCAUAAACAGAAAUUACAGAACCCCCCGGACACAUAAAAUGCCUUACUGGGUUAGGGUGAUCUUCCUCAGAGAACUGCCCAAAUAUCUCCUCAUGACCAGACCAGAUCACUACAAACGGUGGCAAGGUGCACCUACGCCGGCGCCCUCAUUUGAGGCGUCAUCUGAUCCAUGCCAAGCAGAACAGAGCACUUGCAGAGACUUUGUAGAGCUUUCACCCUUAGAUCAGCCAGCGAAAUCGUGCUAUACUACGGAAUCGACAGAUAGCCCACACAUCACCCCAGCCUCAAGAGAGAGUCCACGCUACACUCCAGUGUCAUCCAAUGAGAAUGAUUAUGAGAACAUUCGAUACCGGCAUCCGAAGGAGAAGAGGCCAGCACAGGGUGAAAGUUCAAGGGCAGGGCCAAGCCAAGGGGAUAGAGAGGAGACAGUGGAGAUAGUGAUGACAACGGAACUGAAGAACACCAUCGACAGUGUCAAGUUUAUCUACCAACACCUCAGAGAUGAAGAAGAAUAUGAGACAGUGCUGGAGGACUGGAAGUAUGUAGCUCGUGUGCUCGACCGGCUGUGUCUGAUCGUCUUCCUGUUGGUCACUAUUGGCGGGACGGCCACAGUCUUGCUGAACGCUCCGCACAUCCUGGAGUAUGUGGACCAGGACCAGAUCAUACGCAACCUGGUGCAGUACAUCCGGCAAGCUGAAGCCAAGGCGUCCAUGUAG